GGAGCGUCUCCGUGCGUCUAGUCUCUCUGUUCGGGUGCACGCGGAUUGACCACUCCUUUGGGCUUUUUUCCUGGAUUUUAGGAGGAAAGCUAAACCACAAACAUGACUGACGCGCAACAAGAGGCCCGCUCCUACCUGAGCGAGGAGAUGUUGGCUGAGUUCAAAGCCGCCUUCGACAUGUUUGACACCGACGGUGGCGGUGACAUCAGCACCAAGGAGCUGGGCACCGUGAUGAGGAUGUUGGGUCAGAACCCGACCCGAGAGGAGCUGGAUGAGAUCAUCGAGGAGGUCGACGAGGACGGCAGCGGCACCAUUGACUUCGAGGAGUUCUUGGUGAUGAUGGUGAGGCUGCUCAAGGAGGACCAGGCCGGAAAGAGCGAGGAAGAGUUGGCCGAGUGCUUCCGCGUCUUCGACAAGAACGCUGACGGUUACAUCGACAGAGAGGAGUUUGCUCUGAUCAUCCGCAGCACCGGAGAGAGCAUCACAGAAGACGAGAUCGACGAGCUGAUGAAGGACGGAGACAAAAACUCAGACGGCAUGCUCGACUUUGACGAAUUCCUCAAGAUGAUGGAGAAUGUGCAAUAAACGCCGACGUCUCUUGGACAUUCCUCCUUCUGUCCCUCCGCCCCGUCCGUCCGUCCAUCCUCUCAUCCUCUCAUCCUCU